UACAUCAUUCACAGCAAUGCCUGCAGUCAAGUAAUAAAGUCAGAGCGACAGAUCCCGUUAUUCGGACGUUGACAGUACUCUACAUUUCUCUUGCUAAAGUACCAGUUGUUCAGAACCAUGAGAAAAGCAGACUGUCAGGUCCGAAUAAUCCCAACUGUUGCUCAUUCUCUCUCUGCUGUUGACGGCUGGCAAUGUGGUGAAUGGUGUACCAACAUGACGUAGUACGCUCAGCGUCACGUACACUAGCUGUUAGCGGCGCUCGAUCGUUGAUCGCUGAUCAACACCACUGUCUUCACAGCAAACAUGGUUGCCAUAGCAGCGUCGGCCCUGUCAGUGGCUGCUCUGGUAUUUAUAGUGUUCUGGAUCAUCAAGUUUCUGAUGGCUGUUAAAGACUACAGCAGGACAUGUUACCUCAUCAGGCAGUUCCCCCAUGAACCCUCUCAUCCCAUCUGGGGUCACUUGUUUGUUUACCCUGGCCCCAAUGAGAAAGGCCUGCAGUAUCAACGGGAGAUGACAGCAAAGUACCCUCGUGUUGGUUCAAUGUGGUUAGGACCCUCUAUACCUUUAAUUUGGGUUUCUCAUCCAGAUACAGUGAAGCUAAUUCUUAAAACUUCAGAACCUAAGGCACAACGAAUCUAUCAUCUGCUGGAACCUUGGAUUGGCGAUGGUUUGCUGCUGAGCAAAGGGAGGAAAUGGGGACGUAACCGACGCCUACUUACACCAGCUUUCCACUUUGAUAUCCUCAAGCCUUACCUUGGCAUCAAAAACAUGGCAGCUGAUGUUUUGCUGGAUAACAUAGGAGUUCAUGCAGAAAAGGAUGAAUACUUUGAGGUAUUUUCAGUCAUCAGCAACUUUACCCUUGAUGUCAUUCUGAAGUGUGCAUUUUCCUAUGACACUGACUGUCAGAAAGUAGGGAAUCAGAAUCCAUAUGUUCAAGCUGUUUAUGCUCUCUCAGAAAUGGCUGUCCAAAGAUAUUUUCAGCCUUGGUUUCACAGUGACUGGCUCUAUUUUUUAACCCCUAUGGGGCGCAAGUUUCGUGAAAACUGCCGUGUGGUGCAUAAAUUGGCUAAUGAUGUCAUUAGCAAGCGCAAGAUUACUCUGGCCAAUACACCAGUAAGAAAACAAGAGGUCAAAAAGAAUUGCCUUGAUUUUCUGGACAUUUUGCUGACAGCCAGAGAUGAGAAUGGAGAAGGUCUCACAUUUGAUGAGAUAAGAGCAGAAGUAGACACAUUCCUUUUCGGAGGGCAUGAUACGACAGCUAGCGCCAUUUCAUGGGCGAUGUAUUCUCUGGCUCAGCAUGCUGAUAUACAGGCCACUUGUCAGGAAGAAAUUGAUGAGCUGUUCAAAGGCCGAGAAACAGAUGAUUUUCUGUGGGAAGACCUUUCUCAUCUCCCAUACCUCUCCAUGUGCAUCAAAGAGGCUCUUCGCCUUCACUCUCCUGUCCCAAGCAUACAGAGAGAGCUUACUCAAGACACAGACAUUGAUGGUCACAUUGCACCUAAGGGUACUAUAGUCAUCAUUGUCAUUUACAACAUCCACCACAAUGCCACUGUCUGGCAGGACAGCUUGGAGUUCCGUCCAGAGAGAUUCACUGAAGAGAAUAUAAAGUCCCGCAACCCUUAUGCUUUCAUACCAUUCUCAGCUGGGCCAAGGAACUGCAUUGGCCAAAAUUUUGCUAUGGAUGAAAUGAAGCUUGUUCUUGCAAAGAUAUUGCACAGAUUUACUCUAGUGGCUGAUCCUGACCACAAAGUUGAGAAAGUUGAGUCACUUGUUAUGAAAGCCAAAACAGGCAUUCAGCUGAAAGCCAUCCCACGAAAACAAGCAUGAGCCAUAUAGGAUGACAGCAUCUGCAUGCUCCCACAGCGCUACAUGGCCAACUAUUUCCAGAGGAAAGUCAAAGAGUGCUAUGAGACUACUUCAAAAAUUAGAUUCUCUUUUUAAAAUAAUUCAAAAGCUGAUACAAUAAAUGCUUACUGAGUUGUUUAGUUGUGUAGAUGUGAUUUUUUUGGUUGUAAAUGACAUGGACACCAUUGCUUGUGACAAGUAUUUGAGAAGACAAUCAAAGAUAAAUGGGAUCAUUUUUUGAAUCUGUUGCCUGUGUGAAAUGUGGAGUAAUGAGAUGAUUGCACAAAGUCCAA